AUGUCUCUCUCCGACAUUCAUCUCUUUAACCUCUACAAACCCCUGGUUGACUCCGCUAUCCUUGAGUUGGCCGAUACCCAUCCCGAUAUUCUCAACGAUAAUCCUAUCCUCGAAAGCGACUGUACCGAUCUCCUUUCCCAAGUCCGCACUCUCCGAACCCAGCCUACGGAGUCCAAUGACGAACCCUUUCUUCACAACGCUGCUAUCGAAGCUGCUUGUCGCGACAUCUUCCUCCAUACCACGGCCACCGUCGAGAUCUUGGAGCCCGCCUUUUGUGUGAUUUGGGUACUUUUGGAUAUCAUAACCGUCCUGUCUGAUAAUGACUUGUGUGAACCUGGCUUGACCACUUACCUCAUCGAAGAUCUUCUUGAUACCCAGACCAUUGAGGGAUGCAGGAGGGUCUUUGACUAUCUAGAGUCCCGUCGGGAGAGGCUGAUUGCGAAACAUUUCAAAGCCAAGCACCUCAUCCUUCUGAGAUUAUGCAAUGACCUCCUUCGACGCCUCUCAAGGGCUGAGGACACUGUCUUCUGCGGUCGCGUCUUCAUUUUCUUGUUCCAGAGCUUUCCGCUGGGUGACAAGAGCUCUGUCAAUCUGCGCGGCGAAUUUCACGUCGAAAAUGCAACCACGUUCGACCCCUCCCCAAAGAAGUCGGAACAUGCCAUCAAACCGAUGGAGCUCGAUUCUACCGAUGCUCAAUCUCACACACCGCAAGCCACGUCAGGAGCUCAGACGCCUGCAUCUCAAUCUCAAUCACAGGAUCCCGACCAGAAGAGUACCACCGCCCGAGGUACACCGGUCCCUAGACUCGCAAAGUCUUCCGAUCCCAAGGACAGCCUCGAUGCUGCGCUGCCACCCCCAGAUCUUGACAGCUUGUAUCCCAAGUUCUGGACCUUACAAUCCUUCUUCUCAUCUCCUACACGACUAUUUGAACCUAGUAAUAUGUCCACUUUCAAGGAUGGGAUCGAGCAGACGAUAGCAUGCUUCAAGAGUGUUGCACAAUCAUCCACUUCGACGAGCAAUCCUUCCGACAUCAAGCGUGGUCUCAAGCGCAAGAGAACAAGUGAGAUGGAUAUCACCAGUUCGACCAUUCCCUCCACAACCUUCAACCCCAAAUAUCUUACCAAUCGUGACCUGUUCGAUCUUGAGGUUCAUGACACAGCCUUUCGUCGUCAUGUCUUGGUGCAAGCACUGAUCAUGCUCGAUUUUCUUCUGAGCUUGACUACCGGCGCCAAGGAGAAAUUUGAGGGAUUGACCAACAAAUCAGUGCUAUAUGUGUACACGCUAUCAGAAGAGGACACAAAGUGGGUUCACACAACUCGAGCAGCAAUCGCGUCAUAUCUCCAGCAAGGCAGUGGAAACGAAGGCAAAUUCUACUAUCGUAUGGUCGAUACUGUGUUGUCGCGUGACAAAAAUUGGGUGCGGUGGAAGGCAGAGAGUUGUCCGACCAUUUCCCGUGACAGUGUGACAUGGCAAGCCCAUGUCGAGGCGAAGGUUACGUUGACCAAACUCACCAGUGCACACAAAGCGCCUCUUCCAGCGCCGCCGGGAGCCAGAGAUCUUGCCUUUCUUUCGCGAGUGGAGCCACUAGAGGCUCUGAAGCAUCCAAGCAAAAGACGCAGGGCUCCGACAAUGGAAGACUACUAUAAUGGCAUUCAAUCGGACGAGCUUGACUUGGAUUUUCCCAAUGACGAAGAGACGAAUAAUGAGAUCAAAGAGCGCAAGGCUGGAAGAGUGUGGCGUGCGCUAAGAGCCAGUGGUCGAAGAUACGUUCUUUGCGACAACAUCGCCAACGGAACCAAUCUCAAGGCAUUGAUUGAAAAAGGAGGUGAAGAUGGAGACAAGACUGGGGAUGAGCAUCUCAAGCAGGAUGAGCACGAGGAUGAGAACAUGGAGACGGAGGAGAAAGGGCACACGAAUGCAGAAGGAGUUGUCAAUGGGAACGUGAAUGGAAGGACGGUGGAGGGUGAUGUCCAAGUGACCGAGUCCAAUGACGAAGCUGAGGGUAACAGAGAUGAUGAGGGACCCGAUGGUCCUUCAGAUUCGAAUGCAAUACAAGCUAGCGAUCCGAUAGAUGCUGAGAUGAAGGACGUUGAUUCGCAAGUGUCGGCAGUUGGGGGUGGUGCGAGCCUACCGAGAGACGAAUCUCAAGAAUCUGGCGAAGCAGACGGCUAG